CUCAAGUGAUCCUCCUGCCUUGGCCUCCCAAAGUGUUGGGAUUACAGGCAUGGGCCACUGUACCCAACCUCUUAACCUUUAGUAGCUGUAUAGUAUUCCAAUGUAAUUCAGUAAUUUAUUUAACUACUCCUCACUGAUGAGUGGUAUAAUUAUUUUCAGUUUUUGCUACUAUAAAUACUGAGGCACUGAAUGUCCUACAUAUAUUUUGGCAAACUUUUAUACAUAUAUGUAUAUAAGUAGGGCAAAAUAGGGACUAUUAGGGUAAAAUAGGGAAUAUUUGAUCAAAAGGUAUAUUGUAUUUAAGAUUUUGAUAGAUAUUGCCAAAUUAUUUUAUCCAUGCAGAUUUUAAUUUAAAGUCUGGAGUGGGACUGAGCAAUCUGUGUUUUUGACAAGUUUCCUAGGUGAUUUUGAUGCCUCCAAUUUGAACUAUUGCCGGAUCAGAAAAAUGGAGUAUAGUACACAUCCUCUGGAAAACAUCAGGCAAUUAUGGUUAUCUAGGGAAGAGUAAAAAGCCUUUUCAGUGACUGAGCUGUAAGAGUGAAUUUAUCUUAAGUAGCAGUUGCUAGGGAUGGCCCAUCUUUAGAGAAACAAAGUAUAGUAAUAUUUAUCUGGAAUGUUUUAUGUCUUUUUGAUAUAUAAUGUAGGGAAAAGAAUGUAAAAAUUGUGAGGACCUGAGUUUGAACACUUUGCAUUUAGUAACUGUAAUCUUGGGCAAAUUAAUGAACUUGAAUUUUUCUUUAUAUAAUGAUAAUAUCUACCUUCCAGGUUUGUUGCAAAGAUUAAAGAGAGAAUGAUACAACACUUGUUGAGUACCUCUUCUGUCUUCUAGUAUUUUAUGGCUAUCUCUGUCGUGGCAGUUUGUCAUUUAGCUUUAAUUAGUAAUUUACCUAGUCAUCUCCCCAUUAGAGUAACUGGGACCAUGUCUUGUACUUUAGUGUUCCCAGUCACUAGCCCAGACUCGAGACUUGCUGCACUAUUCUGUUACUUAAAUGACUGUGUACAUUUUCCAUUUUACUGUUCAUAAGUAUCCUAAGAGACAAGUAUUAUUUGCUUUAUUUUACCAUGAGGAAAUGCUCAGGGAACUUAAAUAACUUUCUUAAGAUAGUGCAGCAUGGCAUAACCAAAAUUGAAAACUGUGUGUGUGAUUUCAAACUAGAUAAAGUCUGUGCUUUUUCCAUGAAUCCACUUUGCUGAGAUAAUGAUAUAAGGCAUGUUGGAAAUUUUGAAAUUGCUACUCAAGUGUAAGAUGAUUUUUGUUAUUUUAAUACUAUACUUUAAAAAUUAGCAUGGUGAUUGAAACAUUUCUUCUGCAUAUACUCAAUAUUCUUCAGUUUGGCUUUCCUGAAUUCAUGGUAUAACCAAGUCGGCCUUGUCUGUAAGAAUGUAAGUGAUCAUUUCCUCUUGUGAGUGAUUUUUCUCUAUUUUUCUUGCUUAAAAUUCUGUCUUUGCUUUUCUUUUGGUGAACUUUUUGAUUUUUAUAAACACAUGGUUUAAGAUGGUUUAUAUAGUGGUUACGGCAGGAUUUUGGUAACAUUGGAAGUUUUAGUAGAAGUAAUGUUGUCUUCCUGUCUGGUCUUUAUCUUCAUUUCCGUCUUUCAUUAGCAGCCUUAUAUGGACCCCUUCAGGGCAUGGGUCACUGAUUCGGAUGUCAUCACAUGUCAGCCCUGCUAUUGGAUAUCUCUAUUUUGUAGGUCAUAACCACAUUGCUUAAGGGUGUGGAAACAGAGAGGAAAAUACCAUUUCAUAAGUUUUAUGUUUAUCUUGCUUUUAAUGGCGCUUUUCUUUUGAGAAUUGGGUUGUUAGGUUGUUUUGAAUAUUUAAUCAUAAAUAGUUGGGAAGAAAAAGAAAAAUGUCCCCACUCUCUGACCCUUAUGUCAUAAAAUUCACAACGUUGCAAAACAGGAAUAGCAUACAGCAAGAAGUGUUGCAAUAGGAAGAAAUGUGUGGUUUUACUUAUUAGAGUUGGACAUGGGAAUUUUCCCAACAAUUUCUGUUUUGUAGUCUGUUUUCCAGACCAUAUAGGGAUAUUUGCCCAAUAUUCUAUAUAAAUUUGUUCAUUUUAUGUUUUAUUUGACUUUUUUUUUUUACCUUUGGUAAAACAACUUUGGGUUGGUUUCCUUUCUCCCUCAGGCCUGAUGAUGUUGGGGAUGGAUGGUGGAUGUUGGAGGCAGGCUGCGUUAUGGAUUCAUUUGAGUCAUUGAUGCAUUUAAGUUUAGCCAUUGCCUUAGUACAUGCAUAUGGAUCAGGCUGUGAUAUUGUUAUUUUGGCAAAUGACUUUGAAUGUGUACAGAUCAUUCCUGGUGCUAAGCAUGGAAACAUCCAAGUCAGCUGUGUGGAGUGUUCUAACCAACAAGGAAGAAUUGCAGCUUCAUAUGGUAAUGCUGUUUGUAUAUUUGAGCCCUUGGGCAUAAAUUCUCAUAAAAGAAAUUGUCAACUCAAGUGCCAGUGGCUUAAAACUGGGCAGUUUUUUUUGAGUUCUGUGACGUACAACUUAGCAUGGGAUCCUCAAGAUAAUAGAUUGUUGACAGCAACUGAUUCCAUUCAGUUGUGGGCUCCUCCAGGAGAUGAUAUUCUGGAAGAGGAGGAAGAAAUUGAUAAUAAAAUUCCUCCUGUUUUAAAUGAUUGGAAGUGCGUCUGGCAGUGCAAAACCUCAGUAUCUAUACAUUUGAUGGAAUGGUCUCCUGAUGGUGAAUAUUUUGCUACUGCUGGAAAGGAUGAUUGUCUUUUGAAAGUGUGGUAUCCUAUGACUGGUUGGAAGUCUUCAAUUAUACCUCAGGAUCAUCAUGAAGUGAAAAGGAGACAGUCCUCUACUCAAUUUUCCUUUGUUUACUUGGCACAUCCCCGAGCUGUGACAGGUUUUUCAUGGCGUAAAACUAGCAAGUAUAUGCCCAGGGGUUCUGUCUGUAAUGUGUUAUUAACUUCGUGUCAUGAUGGUGUGUGCCGGCUCUGGGCAGAAACUUUAUUACCAGAAGACUGUCUUUUGGGUGAGCAGAUUUGUGAGACUACCACUUCCAGCAUUGCCAGCAACCUUUCUCAUGCUGGAAGACACAAAGACAGAAUACAGCAUGCUCUUGAGACAAUACACCAUUUGAAAAAUUUAAGGAAAGGACAGAGGAGGUCAUCUGUUCUUGUAACUCACGCUGAAUUAAUGCCCGACCAGACAGCAAUGCAUGAAGUUCAAAGACACAUUUCCCACCAUGCAAAUGCACUCUGUCAUUUUCAUAUUGCAGCAAGCAUCAACCCUGCCACAGAUAUUCCAAAUGUCUUGGUUGGCACUGCAUUUAAUGUUGAUGAUGGAAAUGGGGGCUUUGUAGUUCAUUGGUUAAACAACAAGGAAUUUCAUUUUACGUCAUCUACAGAAAUAUUUAUGCAUCAGUUACGAAAACUUUCUGAUAAGCAGGUAGAUCAUGAAAGUGAUGAUGCAGACAGAGAAGAUGAGGAACAUUCACAGGAGGAUAGAGAACGGGGUUUACAUAUGAAAUUAGACCAUGAUUUAUCCCUGGAUAGAGAAUCUGAGGCAGGUACAGGAUCAUCGGAACAUGAAGAUGGAGAAAGAGAAGGAAGUCCUAGAACUUAUUCACGACUUAGUGUACCAAUGCCACUGCCUACGGUUCUGCUUGAUCGGAAGAUUGAAACGCUGCUAACUGAAUGGAAUAAGAAUCCUGAUAUGCUUUUUACAAUACACCCUGUAGAUGGUACUUUUCUAGUGUGGCAUGUAAAGUAUUUGGAUGAAUAUAAUCCUGGAAUAUUUAGACAAGUCCAGGUUUCUUUUUCUUCUCGGAUUCCUGUUGCAUUUCCCUCUGGUGAUGCUAGCUCUCUUAGUAAAAAUAUCAUGAUGUAUGCCUGUAUAAAUGCAACAAAAGAUUCCGACCACACCUUGUUACACCAGGAGGGGAUGUCUAUAGGCAGUCCUCACGGAUCACAGCCACACUCUAGAUCACACAGUACAAAUAUGAACAUCUUAGCUCCCACAGUGAUGAUGAUUUCUAAACACAUAGAUGGUUCUUUAAAUCAGUGGGCAGUCACUUUUGCUGAUAAGUCUGCCUUUACCACUGUUCUAACUGUAUCUCACAAAUUUAGAUAUUGCGGUCAUCGAUUUCACCUCAAUGACCUGGCAUGUCAUUCAGUUUUACCAUUGUUAUUGACAUCCUCUCAUCAUAAUGCUCUGUUGACUCCUGAAUCAGAUUAUCAGUGGGACUCGGACAAUAAAUUAAGUAGAUUAAUGGACCCUGUAAAACAUAUGAAAGGUUCCUCAAAACAGCCUCUUAGAAAUGCAGCAACUCGUACAUUUCAUGACCCAAAUGCGAUCUACAGUGAACUUAUUCUGUGGCGUGUAGACCCAAUAGGACCUUUGUCAUACACUGGAGGAGUAUCAGAAUUGGCUCGAAUUAACUCUUUACAUACCUCAGCGUUCUCUAACGUGGCUUGGCUUCCAACUCUCAUUCCCAGUUACUGUCUAGGCACAUAUUGCAAUUCUGCAAGUGCUUGCUUUGUUGCUUCUGAUGGCAAAAAUCUGAGACUCUAUCAAGCUGUAGUGGAUGCAAGGAAAUUAUUGGAUGAAUUGUCAGACCCAGAAUCUUCAAAACUUAUUGGAGAAGUGUUUAAUAUUGUGAGCCAACAGUCUACUGCUCGACCUGGCUGCAUUAUUGAACUCGAUGCAAUAACCAACCAAUGUGGCUCAAAUACACAGUUGCUUCAUGUGUUUCAAGAAGACUUCAUUAUAGGAUAUAAACCACAUAAAGAAGAUAUGGAGAAAAAGGAAACAGAAAUAUUUUUUCAGCCAUCACAAGGAUACCGCCCACCACCGUUUUCAGAAAAGUUCUUUCUAGUAGUAAUUGAGAAGGACAGCAAUAAUAACUCUAUUCUGCAUAUGUGGCACCUUCAUCUUAAAUCUGUACAAGCAUGUUUAGCUAAAGCUUCAGAAGGUGCUUCCUCUGAGAGUCUACUUUCAGUCCCUGGACAGAAGAAUGUAGAUUCUUCUCCAGAAACCUCUCCUAGUGUGAGCCCCAUGCCACAUUCUUCAUCAAUUGCCAAUCUUCAAACUGCCAGUAAACUUAUUCUGAGUUCUAGACUGGUGUAUAGCCAACCCCUUGAUCUCCCAGAAUCAGUUGAAGUAAUAAGAGCAACUCCUUCAGCAGGCCAUCUGAGUUCUUCUUCAAUUUAUCCAGUGUGCCUUGCACCUUAUUUAGUGGUUACAACUUGUUCUGACAAUAAAGUACGCUUCUGGAAAUGUUGUAUGGAAACCAACCCAGACUGUAAUAAAAGUGAUGAGAAAGAAAUUUAUCAUUGGAAGAGAUGGCCUUUGAUGAAUGAUGAAGGAGAAGAUAAUAGCAGUACAGUGAGCAUCGUGGGAAGACCAGUUGCUGUUAGCUGUUCAUACACAGGUCGUCUUGCAGUGGCUUAUAAGCAACCUAUCCACCAUAAUGGUUUUAUUUCUAAAGAAUUUUCCAUGCAUGUUUGUAUAUUUGAAUGUGAAUCUACAGGAGGAUCAGAGUGGGUUUUAGAACAAACAAUUCAUCUUGAUGAUUUGGUUAAGGUUGGGAGUGUACUUGAUUCAAGGGUCAGCGUUGACAGUAAUCUGUUUGUGUAUAGCAAGUCAGAUGCACUCUUGAGCAAGGAUAGAUAUCUUAUUCCGAAUAUCAAACAUUUAGUACAUUUGGACUGGGUAUCAAAAGAAGAUGGCUCCCACAUUCUUACAGUGGGGGUCGGUGCUAAUAUCUUCAUGUAUGGAAGGCUUUCAGGAAUUGUGACAGAGCAAACCAACAGUAAGGAUGGAGUAGCUGUCAUUACUUUACCACUAGGUGGUAGUAUCAAGCAAGGGGUUAGGUCAAGAUGGGUUCUUCUCAGAUCUAUAGACUUGGUAUCUUCCGUUGAUGGUACUCCUUCACUGCCUGUUUCUCUCUCUUGGGUAAGAGAUGGGAUAUUGGUGGUAGGAAUGGAUUGUGAAAUGCAUGUAUAUGCACAGUGGAAGCAUGCUGUCAAAUUUGGAGACACUGAAGCUGACAGUCCUAAUGCAGAAGAGGCAGCAAUGCAAGAUCAUUUGACCUUUAAAUCUAAUAUGCUGGCAAGAAAAAGUAUUGUUGAAGGAACAGCUGUUUCUGAUGAUGUUUUUUGUUCACCAACUGUAAUUCAAGAUGGUGGCUUAUUUGAGGCUGCACAUGUACUUUCCCCUACUCUUCCACAGUAUCAUCCAACUCAGCUGUUAGAAUUGAUGGAUUUAGGGAAAGUGCGAAGGGCUAAAGCCAUUCUCUCUCAUUUAGUAAAAUGUAUUGCAGGUGAAGUAGCAAUAGUUAGAGAUGCUGAUGCUGGAGAAGGAACUAAGCGACAUCUUUCUCGAACUAUUAGUGUAAGCGGCAGUACAGCAAAGGAAACAGUCACCGUAGGAAAAGAUGGUACUCGAGAUUAUACUGAGAUAGAUUCUAUCCCUCCACUCCCACUAUAUGCAUUACUUGCUGCAGAUCAAGAUAUAUCCUACAGAAUUUCAGAAGAAAGUACAAAGAUACCACAGAGCUAUGAAGAUCAGACAGUAAGUCAACCAGAGGAUCAGUAUUCAGAGCUGUUUCAAAUCCAGGAUAUAACAACGGAUGAUAUUGAUUUAGAGCCCGAAAAGAGAGAAAACAAAUCAAAAGUAAUAAAUCUUUCUCAAUAUGGACCAGCUUACUUUGGCCAAGAACAUGCAAGGGUACUUUCAAGUCAUCUUAUGCACUCAAGUCUACCAGGCCUUACCCGUUUGGAGCAGAUGUUCCUUGUAGCUUUGGCUGAUACAGUGGCUACUACCAGUACUGAGCUUGAUGAAAGCAGAGAUAAGAGUUGCUCAGGAAGAGAUACAUUAGAUGAGUGUGGUUUGAGAUACUUGUUAGCUAUGCGCCUACACACAUGCCUUUUGACAUCUCUGCCUCCCUUAUACCGAGUGCAGCUACUGCAUCAAGGUGUGUCUACAUGCCAUUUUGCCUGGGCUUUUCAUUCUGAGGCUGAAGAAGAACUGAUUAAUAUGAUUCCAGCAAUUCAGAGAGGGGACCCCCAGUGGUCUGAAUUAAGAGCUAUGGGAAUAGGGUGGUGGGUGAGGAACAUUAACACGCUUCGAAGAUGCAUUGAAAAGGUUGCCAAAGCUUCUUUUCAAAGGAACAAUGAUGCCUUAGAUGCUGCACUAUUCUACCUUUCAAUGAAGAAGAAAGCAGUAGUGUGGGGUCUGUUUAGGUCACAGCAUGAUGAAAAAAUGACAACAUUUUUCAGCCACAACUUUAAUGAAGAUAGAUGGCGAAAAGCUGCUUUGAAAAAUGCUUUUUCCUUACUUGGAAAACAACGCUUUGAACAAUCCGCUGCUUUUUUCUUGCUAGCGGGUUCGUUGAAAGAUGCCAUAGAGGUAUAAAUAAGAAAACACACUAUAUAAUACUUGUAAAAGAUUGAAAACCUGAGAAGGUUGUAGAGGAGAUCGUAACUUUUUGUCAUAUGUUUGUAAGGACACAGAAUAACUACAAAGGUUGCUGUACUUAAAAUAGUGGCCCUGUGGUAAAGGAAAAUAUGAAUAAAUUUAAGGGAGAAACAAAUGAAAAAUUUCAGGUUGGG